UUGUCCUCUCUCUUCUUCUCCUUGUUCAAAACCCUUAUUUCUGCUCCUCUCUUUAUUAUUUUUUUUUUCCCCAUAAUUUUCCAAUAAGAAAAAUAAUCACUAAAUAUGUAUUCGAUGAGAGGAGAAGAUUGCUUCCGAUCGUUACACAACAUACAAGAGUAUCAAAACCAGCCAACCCUCCCUUGGACCCGCCCAUCAUUCUACCCGGCCAUGUCUUCCUUCGGAUACUCCGACUUGACCCGACGAGACGGUUUCGGUUCUCCGAUUCCCUCCAUGGAUCAUCACCACAACCAUCUUCAGUUCUUGUCCGAAGCUCUCGGACCUAACAUGAGACCCGGGUCGGGUCUGGGUUGGGUCGGGUUCGGUGGAGAGAUGGGGCAAAUGACGGCUCGAGAGAUUAUGGAUGUUAAGGCUUUGGCUGCUUCGAAGAGCCACAGUGAAGCCGAGAGGAGGCGACGAGAGAGGAUUAAUAAUCAUCUUUCUAAGCUGCGUAGCAUAUUACCAAACACAACUAAAACGGACAAAGCCUCUUUGCUGGCGGAAGUUAUCCAACAUACGAAAGAACUGAAACAGCAAACGUCUCUGAUCGCCGAUACGUGUCCGAUCCCGACUGAGACCGACGAGCUGACUGUAGAUUUUUCCUACGACGAUGGCGAUGGCAACUUCGUGAUAAAGGCGUCAUUCUGCUGCCAAGACAGGGCUGAUCUCAUGAAUGACGUCAUCAAGGCGCUGAAGGAACUGCGUUUGCAAACGCGCAAAGCCGAGAUCACGACCGUUGGCAGCCGCGUCAAGAACGUGCUUUUCAUAAGCGGUGAAGAAACUCGAGCUGAUGAUGAACAAAAGAUAUAUAACCGUGUGAGUUUGAUCCAAGCAGCUUUGAAGGCGGUGAUAGAGAAAUGUGUUCCAGGGGAUAGCAAUUCCGACCAGUCUUCUCUAGGAGGUGCCAAGAGACAAAGAACUAAUAAUAUUACUAAUCGUUGUUACUGAUAAUAUAUAUACACACAAACUUUAGGUUAUAAUUUUAGCAAUAGAAUGAUUUUUUUUAUAACGGAGGACCCCUAACUGCUACCCUUCGGGCGCACUGACUAGGUAAACCUCCGUCCCGGGAGCAGCCUUUGUAUAUGAAUCAUAUAAACCCAGAAAUUACCUCCCUCCCCACCAGCCAAUAAUCGAACACUCAACCUCAAGGUGAAGUUACCUCCUACCCCAAACUUGACCACUCGCCCACAAUCUGUUGGGUUUUAGCAAUAGAAUGAUAUACUGAACCAUCAGGGUUCUUUCGUUAUCUGAUGUAGAAACCUUCGGUUUAGGGUUUAUAAUGAUGGGUUUGGUUUAUACAUAUGUACUCGAGACUCUUUGUUGUCUUAAGACAUGAAAUUGUAAACUAAAGUGGUCGGCUUUGGGUUAGUGAAUGAAUGAAUUCUA